GCAUGGGGGGAGCGGCCCGAGGAGGAGGAGGUGGUGGCGGAGGCAGCUGUCCAGCGGAGCUCUGGCGGCUUCUCUUGCUGGGUCUUUGCUGUUGGGUUGCAGGCUCUGCGGCUGUCAGAGGAAGUGAUAAUGGUGAUACUCUACCUGAGUCCAUCCCAUCAGCACCUGGGACACUGCCUCACUUCAUGCAGGAGCCUGAUGAUGCCUAUAUCAUAAAGAGCAAUCCAAUUGCCCUGAGGUGCAAAGCCAUGCCUGCAAUGCAGAUUUUCUUCAAAUGCAAUGGGGAGUGGGUCCAUCAGAAUGAACACGUUUCUGAAGAGAGCAUGGAUGAGAGUACAGGCCUGAAGGUCCGAGAAGUGUUCAUCAAUGUCACCAGGCAGCAAGUGGAGGAUUUUCAUGGACCUGAAGACUACUGGUGCCAAUGUGUUGCAUGGAGCCACCUGGGUACCUCUAAGAGCCGGAAGGCAUCAGUCCGCAUAGCCUAUUUACGGAAAAACUUUGAGCAAGAUCCCCAGGGAAGGGAGGUGCCUAUUGAAGGGAUGAUUGUCCUGCACUGUCGCCCACCAGAGGGUGUCCCUGCUGCAGAGGUGGAGUGGCUAAAGAAUGAAGAGCCCAUUGAUUCCCAAAUGGAUGAGAACAUUGACACCAGGGCUGAUCACAACUUAAUUAUCAGGCAGGCUCGCCUCUCUGAUUCUGGGAAUUAUACCUGCAUGGCUGCCAACAUUGUGGCCAAGAGAAGAAGCCUGUCAGCUACUGUUAUUGUUUAUGUGAAUGGAGGCUGGUCUUCCUGGACAGAGUGGUCAGCCUGCAAUGUUCGCUGUGGUAGAGGAUGGCAGAAACGUUCUCGGACCUGCACCAAUCCCGCUCCACUCAAUGGGGGUGCCUUUUGUGAGGGAAUGUCAGUGCAGAAAAUCACCUGCACUUCUCUUUGUCCUGUUGAUGGAAGCUGGGAAGUAUGGAGUGAAUGGUCAGUGUGCAGCCCAGAGUGUGAGCACCUGAGAAUACGGGAGUGUACUGCACCACCUCCAAGAAAUGGGGGCAAAUUCUGUGAAGGCCUGAGCCAGGAAUCAGAGAACUGCACGGAUGGACUCUGCAUUCAAGAUAAAAAACCUCUUCAUGAAAUAAAACCCCAAAGCAUUGAAAAUGCCAGUGACAUCGCUCUUUACUCGGGAUUAGGAGCAGCGGUCAUUGCAGUGGCAGUUCUGGUUGUUGGCGUGACCCUCUACAGACGGAGCCAGAGUGACUACGGCGUGGACGUCAUUGACUCCUCUGCACUGACAGGUGGCUUCCAGACCUUCAACUUCAAAACAGUCCGUCAAGGCAACUCGCUCCUAUUGAAUUCCUCCUUGCAACCUGACCUGACAGUGAGCCGUACCUACAGUGGGCCCAUCUGCCUACAGGACCCCCUGGACAAGGAACUUAUGACAGAGUCUUCACUAUUUAACCCACUGUCAGACAUCAAAGUCAAAGUCCAGAGCUCAUUCAUGGUUUCCCUGGGAGUAUCAGAACGAGCAGAAUACCAUGGCAAGACCCACUCUGGGACAUUUCCCCAUGGGAAUACCAGAGGUUUUAAUACAAUACAUCCCAGGAAUAAAACCCCCUACAUUCAGAAUCUCUCAUCACUCCCCACCAGAACCGAGCUGAGGACCACUGGUGUGUUUGGCCAUCUGGGAGGACGUUUAGUGAUGCCAAAUACAGGGGUGAGUUUACUCAUACCACAUGGAGCUAUCCCUGAAGAGAAUUCUUGGGAGAUUUAUAUGUCCAUCAACCAAGGUGAAGCCAGCCUCCAGCCAGAUGGAUCCGAAGUACUCCUGAGUCCUGAAGUCACCUGUGGGCCUUCAGACAUGGUAGUCACCACUCCCUUUGCCUUGACCAUACCCCACUGUGCUGAUGUCAGUUCUGAAAACUGGAAUAUUCAUUUAAAGAAGAGGACCCAGCAGGGCAAGUGGGAGGAGGUGAUGUCAGUGGAGGAUGAAUCUACUUCCUGUUAUUGCCUCUUGGACCCAUUCGCAUGUCAUGUCCUCCUGGACAGCUUUGGGACCUAUGCACUGGCUGGAGAACCGAUCACUGACUGUGCUGUGAAGCAACUCAAAGUGGCUGUCUUUGGCUGCAUGUCGUGCAACUCCCUGGAUUACAACUUGAGAGUAUAUUGUGUGGACAAUACCCCUUGUGCAUUUCAGGAAGUGGUUUCAGAUGAAAGGCAUCAAGGGGGCCAGCUACUGGAAGAACCAAAGUUGCUGCAUUUCAAAGGGAAUACUUUUAGCCUUCAGAUCUCUGUCCUCGAUAUACCCCCUUUCCUUUGGAGAAUUAAACCAUUUACUGCAUGCCAGGAAGUCCCAUUUUCUCGGGUGUGGUGCAGUAACAGACAACCCCUGCACUGUGCCUUCUCCCUGGAGCGUUACACUCCCACCACCACCCAGCUGUCCUGCAAGAUUUGCAUCCGGCAGCUCAAAGGCCAUGAACAGAUCCUCCAAGUGCAGACAUCUAUCCUUGAGAGUGAAAGAGAAACCAUCACUUUUUUUGCACAAGAGGACAACACCUUCCCUGCACAGACUGGCCCCAAAGCCUUCAAAAUCCCCUACUCCAUCAGACAGAGGAUAUGUGCAACAUUUGAUACUCCCAGUGCCAAAGGCAAAGACUGGCAGAUGUUAGCACAGAAAAACAGCAUUAACAGGAAUUUAUCUUACUUUGCUACCCAAAGUAGCCCAUCUGCUGUCAUUCUGAACCUGUGGGAAGCUCGUCAUCAACAUGAUGGUGACCUUGACUCCUUGGCCUGUGCCCUUGAAGAGAUUGGGAGGACACACACGAAACUCUCAAACAUUCCUGAAACUCAGCUUGAAGAUCCCGACUUCAGCUACAGCAGGCAAAAUGGACUUUAGUCCAUCUCCUCUCAUAGACAGACCGAUGGCCAGCUUUGUGACUUCUUUAUUAGGUGGGGAGGAAAUAGGUGGCUGUUGGCCCAGUGGUAUUUGGGAAAACAACUUCAUUUAUAAUCAAAGAGGAACAUCACCUGAAGAAACUGAAGGCUGUUUUGGUAAAUCACGUUAAUAUUGGGAAGGUCCAAGCUUUUAUCCAAAAGGCCCCAUUGUCCCAUCUGAAAUAAUAGUCUUAAUUCUACCAAUUCUGCAGAGUUGAAGUGGAAAAAAAACCACGCACACAAUUGCCUUUAAACAGGCUCGUAUUUUUGGAAUUGUUAAUGGGUGAGAACAUUAUCAGGUGCCAACAAAGCAGAGAUUGAAUAAGUGUAUGGUUUGGAAAAAGUUCAUACCAUAAUGAUGUUCCCCAAGGGCCAAAUUAUUCUGAUAUCAAUGUCAGAUUGGUAUUUUUUUUAACCAAUUGAUAUUUGCAAUGUGGAAAAUGAGUAUAAAACUGGCCUUUAUAAGUAACAAUAUUGCCAGUCCAUUUUUGUGAUUUCAACCUUAUCACAAGCAGGCAAUGAGCAUUAAGAACUGAGAAUCUAAGUAAGUCACACCAGCACCACCUCCCAGACUAGCUCACAUCCCCUAGUUCAGACAAGGGCUACUAGGAGGAAUGAACGGGAUGAUUAAUUGGUUAACCAUACCCUAUAGUCACUUCCUUCCAAAUGCCAAGAUUCCCUUCACUUCCUCCUGCCAUCCUCCCUCAAUUGCAGAAUAGUAAGGGACUAUUUCCAGGUGCAUCCAUGACCACAAUUAAUCAUCACUGAACAAUGACUUAGCAUGAUAGCCAUUGCUCACAAUCUAUAGAGCAAGGCCCUCAACCCCACACCCUCUACUCACAGCUAAGCCAGGAAAUUGCAGUAGAAUCAGAUAUGUUAUAACACAGCUGGGUAUUGGAUUUUUAUGUAUCACAGGUUAGUUUCUUUCCUGGGAAACAUGGGCUGAAGGCCUCAAAGACACCUGGUUAGUUUUAAAGAUAGUAGGUGUUAGCCAGAUGCCCCAAUACCACCAUAAGAAAACAGAGUUUCACUGUGUUUUUUGAUGAAGCUUACUGAAAUUUUUCCUGCAUUUUUCUAUCAUUAAGAACCUUCUGGUAAAAGGUUGGGACCACUUUCUUCCCAGGAAAUUAACUUUUCUUUUUUUUUUUUAAAGAAUCACCAGAAUCAUUCACUUUGGAUAGUACCUGGCAUUUUUCCAUUUAAGUCAAAAAGUAUUUAUAUUAAGUGCCUACAGAGUACUAGGCACUGUGAAUACAAAGAUAAAAAUGAAAAAUCCUCUGUCCUCACAGGGGCCAUCCUAUACUACAAGCUAUAGCAAUGUCCACCAUUCCCUUGGGUUUAUUUCUUUCUGCCAACACCAUUAUGGUAUAGAUAAUUUUCAGUCAUAUAGGGGAAAUAGUAGAUUUAGCUACCCUGAAAAUUUUGAAAUUCACAAGAAAUCCAAGACCUUUAUUUUAACCUUCUUUCCCAUAAAACCUUUUUGACCAGAGCUUCAUGAAAAUAGUCUAAGAGAUUCUGUUUAGGAUGCUCUCUACUCCCUAGUCAUGCUUAUGAGGAAUUAUUACCUGGAAGAGUAACAUUCAUAAACAUAACAACAAAAAGGGGAGAAGAAGGAGUAGGCAUGGACCUGAAAGUGACACAAGUUAGAUAAGCAGACCCUAACUCUCCUGAAGUACUUGGUUAUACCAGCAACAGGUAGAAAGGGGAAAUUUUACAAUAUCCAAAGAGAUGAAAAUAGCUAACUAUAUAAAUGUGUUAGUUUAUCCAAAGAACAAACUUCCUGAACAAUUAUUAAAAUGUGUAACCAUCUUUUUUUGAGCCCUUUUUUAAAAUCCAAGGGAAAUGGUCUAAAGGCUUGGAAUUUAUGAUGCCAUAUUUAACACAGUCUGGUGCAUAUUGACUCCUGCAUUGGCUUUGCUACAUGAAAUUCAGCUUUUCUCAGGAACUGAAUGGAUUAUUGUACACAACAGACAAAUCCACUUAGAACUGUCAAACCUAUUUUCUGAAAUACUGUCUCUAGAUCAGGAAAAUGCCCUUUUCUUAAUAGUCUGUUCAACAUGUUUAUCCCUUAUAGGGAACAAUGGAGAGAAUCCAUGGGAAUAUAAGUCAUUUGACAUCUUUGAAAUAGUUUCUUAAAAAAGUAGUGUUGGGGAGAGUCAAUCAUCAAAACAAGUACAAAACUGACUUGGGAGGAAAUAUUGGGGGAGAAUUUGCAGAGCAGCUAUUUUUGGCUCCUCAGAGAAAAUAGACACUAUCCCUGCUUCCCCCAUCUUUUUUUCUGCCCUAAAGUAGGACACGCAACAUUUUUCUCUUCUCUCCUGAAUGGCCUUCUAAGCAUUUCAUCCAUUGAUAUGAAUUAAAACAGACCUUGAAUGAAUCUUAGUAUCUUUAAAGAGUUCUCUUGUAUUUGACAACAAACACCAAAUUUAAAUAAGGUUGAUGAAAAUUAAUUUUCAACAUUUAAAAGUAAAAUAGGGCCAUUUUUACCCUCUGCAUAUUAACUCAAUGACUUUUUUUUUCACCUGUGGCUUAAACUCAUAGACUCAUCUGAUAAAAAGAUAGACUGUUCCUUAAGAUCAUCAAGUCCAACUUUCUCAUUUUAUGGAUGAGGAAACUGAGGCUGAGAGGUUGAAUUAAGAUGUACUUGACCAUUUGAGGCCAUGACAAAGGAAAUAAAUUUUUUUUUAAUAAUAGUCAACUAUUCAAACUUACCCUUUCAUUCAUUCUUUCUCUUCCCUUCUCCCUGUUUAUAUAUUAAUCUCCCUUCUUCUGAUAUAGGUGCAAAAAAAGGUUGAAGUCAAAUUUUUGCUACAUAUAGGGUCAUUCAACAAUAUGCCAAUGGAUGUCCAAUAAGAGAACUUGCAAGAUUUACAGAGCAAUGGGCUUUAGGGGCAGAUCAGAUAAAGCCUUAGAUCAUUUGAACGUUGGACUACUUAUCCCAACCUAAACCUCUGCAUGGUCUUUGAUGUUUGUCUGUCACUGCUCUGAGACUUGCCAAGCAAAUGCCCCUCUUGAAAGAGAUUUCACUUGUCAUCCUGAGGCCUUACUUUGAUGGACUGUCUUGUUCAUCCUUUGUACUGGGAUUAUGAAUGAGAGAGAAAGAGGCAGAAUCAGAAAAAAAGAGAGACAGAGAUAGGCAGAGAAAAAGCAAGAGACAGAGACAGAGAGAGAGACAAAGAGAGAGACUAGAAAGAUAGA